GACGGCUUUGCUGGCUCUUCACACCUACAAUAUUUGGAAGUCCUCUUUCUAAACCUCCUUCCUUUGGCCUUUAUUCUCCACCGGGUCCUUCAGAUCAUCUUUGUCAAAGGAGAGAACCAUUCUACAAGAAGAUUCAGGAUUUCUAAAAGUUAGAUACCCAUCAAAGUGAAACACUGUUGAAACACCUUUGUCUUUGCAUCAGGAUGUUGUAUUGCCGUAUCUUAAGCGUGUUGAUGGCAUCCAUGAGCAUCAGCUUACUUUUGAUGGGGCUCAGCACCGAUUACUGGAAAGUAUCUUUUGGUCCUGGUGGGACAUCCCACAGUGGGCUAUGGCAGUACUGCAUUAACCCUGGAUUAAUCCAAAGCCAAUGCUUUGCUGUACAGGAUGCCUUUGGCUACAUCAUAGCUACCCGUGUGUUUCUCAUUAUGGCUUCUUUGGUGGCGCUGGCAUUGCACGUCUUCCUGGUUGCCACCUUCAUGCCUUCCAUGUGUGGCAUCCUAGGCAAACCCUUGAUUGCUUCCGUGGCUGCCUACGUGGCUGGACUCUUCACUCUAAUAGCCCUAGCUGUGUAUACAGCUGAAACGUGGAAGGAGAAGACAUCACCUCAACUUCAAGUCUCCUUUGCAUGGUCUUUCUACUCUGGAUGGAUCACUUUCCCACUGUUUCUAUUGGCUGGCAUUUUCAACCACGUUGCCUCCUCGAACGCUCCAUCUGCUGCCUAUGAAAGAAUAUGAACGCCUUGGUCAACAAGAGACAAAGCACAAUUAUACAGAAGCUUUCUCUCAACAAAAAGGUUGCCUCAUUCCUGCUUCUCCUGUAACAAUGCAUCUCAGCAUCUCCAGGGCAUUGCUCAGCUAUACUUAUAUUUUUUUGGCUCAUUUUUCAAAACUAUUGUCUUGUGUUUUACAGAGAUUUCAGUGACUAGGAGUAAUUUUGAUAAUUAGCUUGCUUGCCAAGUAAGGCUUUGAGUAUCACUUACAGCAGUGUUUCCCGACCUUAGUCACAUUGAAAUAUGUGGACUUCAACAUGCUGGCUGGGGAAUGUUGGGAUUUGAACCCUAAUCACCUAUGACCUGACCUAUGGCCCGUCAAGCAUGUUUGGGGAAAGGUCCUGGCGCAUGGGCAACCUUUUAAAACCAGGCCCUAUAUUUACAGCUCCCAAAGCUUACUCUGUCCCUAAAACUAUGAUACCAAAAUAUGUUCGCAAAAUUGUGAUUUUAGGUGACAAAAUUACCAGUGGCUUUUAAGAGAUCUGCUAGGCCUGAAAGGAUUUAAUUUCUCCUGAUCUUCAGCUCGGAAGGGUGGCGAAACUCUACCUAUCUUCUAGGGAUUUCUGGGAAUUGAACUCUUAAAGUUGUUAAGAUUGAAAACACUGCUCAUGGUACCAUGUGAAUCAUCUUUAGUGUUUCACAAUCAGGAUUGCUUCAAUAGUUCUUUUCUUCUGGAAUUACAAUCCUCUGUUCACUCACUUUUCAAGAAGUGUCCAAUCAUUUCAUUUUCAAAUUAUUCCAUUCCAAUGUAUUCUGAUUUAUGGUUUUUUUUAAUAUGAAUGCUUACAAUAGCCAUGUUCAGGUUGCAUAAGAUUGACUUUGGAUCAGCAUGUGGUUAUGGAUUAAAUCUUUGGCAUAGUUAAGGAUGAAGGAUGUUUAAAUAACUGUAGUUAACUAAA